UUUCAAAUUUUUUCGAUGGAAGCGGUUCUGUUAGCGGAAAAGUGAAAAUAGAGUUGCAGAGCCUGCCUGAAGAACUGAAAGAAGAAAACCCCUCGAAGAAAAUAGCAGCUCUCAGCUAAAAAGUCACCAAUAUUUCUGCCCAGUCACCGCAAAUUGAAAUCAAUUUUCGUCAUAAAAUAUUUUUGGCAACAACUCUAGAAACGCGGAAAUAUUUGUCAAAUUGAAAGAAAAUAUUACAAAAAAGAAAAACAACAACGCGAGUGCACGUGUGUGUGUUGGGUGCCGAAUAAAACAGUGUGUGUGUUUGGCCUGUCUGUGUGUGACAGAUAAAAAAAAGGAGGAAAAAAAGAAGUUGUCGAAAGUCGUGCAAGAAAAUUGAAGAAAAAUAGUGCAAGCGCUGCAGGGAAAUUGUCCGGAAAAAUCGCAAAAUCCAUUGUUUUUUGCCGGCAUCUUAAUGACGUCACGUCGAGCCGCAAACAACAGCAACAACUUCUGCAACAACGCGCGUGUUUAGUUACACACACAUCGGAAAAAAAGGUUAAAAAUACAUUUUCAAUUCACCAUCUCGGCGUAAAAGUAAAACAAUAAACAAAUACAAGAAAAAACAGCAGCCGCUUUUUUCCCCCCAACAAGCAACAACAACAAUUUCAACAACUUCAACUUUGCCAGCAACAACUACAACAGCAACAACAAGUCAGCUGGACAACCGAAGAUAAUGUAAAAUCAGCUUACACACUGAAAAACAAGCAGUAAAAUAAUAAAUACAAAAAUUAACAGCUGCGUCUAUCUAUAGAUAUAUAUACACACACACAUCUAUAUAUUUAAAUAAGCGUUCGAUUUGAAUCAAAAUUAUAGCCCAAGCUAUCAGCUAUAUCCCCACAAGCUUUGUACUCUCCACAAAAAAAAAACGCUAACGAACAAAAUCGAUAAAAGAAACCAACUGAAAUCAUACCACAUCUGCCAUAGAUCUAUAUGCUAUAUACAUAUACUAUAUAGGUGCUGAUCUGUGCUCUUGAGUUUAGUGUUUUUUGUGUGUGCGUGUCGCGAGAGAAGCAGAAAAAAGCGUAAAAAUAAAUACUUUCUCUAGUCGCUAGGCUAAACUCUAUAUAAACUCCAGCUAACCCAAAUCCGUAAACACAGCAAAUAGCUAUAUAUCUAUAAUCCCAAAACAAAAACAAGAACACGAUGGCCAACGUUGUCAAUAUGAACAGCCUGCUCAACGGCAAGGAUUCCCGCUGGCUGCAGUUGGAGGUCUGUCGCGAGUUUCAGCGCAACAAAUGUUCGCGCCAGGACACCGAGUGCAAGUUCGCCCAUCCUCCGGCCAACGUGGAGGUCCAGAACGGCAAGGUCACCGCCUGCUACGACAGCAUCAAGGGCCGCUGUAAUCGUGAUAAACCGCCGUGCAAAUAUUUUCAUCCACCACAGCAUCUGAAGGAUCAGUUAUUGAUAAAUGGACGCAAUCAUUUGGCCCUCAAGAAUGCACUGAUGCAACAGAUGGGCAUCGCGCCCGGCCAGCCGGUCAUAUCGGGCCAAGUGCCAACCGUGGCCACAAAUCCCUAUCUGACCGGCAUUCCGGCCAACUCGUACAGUCCGUACUACACAACGGGACACCUGGUGCCCACCUUGCUGGGUCCGGAUCCCUCGGCCGUGGCCUCCCAACUGGGACCCGUGGUGCCCCAAACAGUGCAGGUGGCCCAGCAGAAAAUACCACGUUCCGACAGAUUAGAGGUGUGCCGCGAAUUCCUGCGCGGCGCCUGCAAACGGGCGGAAUCCGAGUGCCGGUUCGCCCAUCCGCAGGAGAGCGUCGCCAGGCACGACGACGGCUCGAUAACGGUUUGCAUGGACGCCGUGAAGGGCAGGUGCGCACGCGACCCCUGCCGCUACUUCCAUCCCCCCCUGCACCUACAGGCACAAUUAAAAGCGGCCCAAACACGCGCCACCGCUGUCGCUGCUGCAGCUGCGACCUCACCGCUGACGGCACACCAUCACCAGCAACAGCAACAAUUGCAACACCAGCUGAACAACAUCAACAACAACAACAACCACAGCACCGCCGGCGCAGCAGCCACCUCGACAACAGCAACAACAACCACAAACAACGCCGCUGCCGCCGCCGCCGCUGCUGCCGCCGCCGCUGCCGCCGCCGCCGGUUUAAUGGGCCACCACCACCAUCACACUCACACACUGGAAGUGGGCAAGAAGCGGGCGGCGGACACAACCGAUAUGUUUCCACUGCAAUUCUCUGGCAUGGUUCCGUUCAAACGUCCAGCUGCCGAAAAGUCUGGCAUUCCAGUUUAUCAGCCCGGUGCGACCGCCUAUCAGCAGUUAAUGCAGCCCUAUGUGCCAGUCUCAUAUGACAAGGUCGAGGUGAUUGAUCAACGUGUUGCUGUCUGCCGCGAUCACGCCAAUAGCCAGUGCCGUCGCAAGCAGUGUAAAUACUACCACAUACCGAUUGUCCUGCCGCCGGCCAACAUCAUGGCGGCCAUGAUCACCACGCCCGGUGAUCAGCAGCCGGCUGUUCCAGUGGCCACAACAACAGCAGCGGCAGCAGCAACAGCCGGCUACAACGGCGCCAGCAACUUGAUCAUCAUUGAGCCGCAGCAGCAGCAGCAGCAACAACAGCAACAGCAGCAGCAGCCGCCGCAGCAGCAGCAACAGUUCAGCUACCACAGCAACAGCAGCAAUAACAACUACUACCACAGCAAUGCCAGCAAGCAGGCAGCAGCAGCACACGCCAGCAACAUGUACCAACAGCAGCAGCAACAUCAACAACAGCAGCAACAUCUGCAGCAGCAGCAACAGCAAACAGCACACAUCACCUACCACUGCAGCUCACCCUACUCCCCCUCGUCGGCCUCCUCGUCGUCCUCCUGCUCGAUAGCCACCUCGCCCACCCUCUCGUCGGCCACCACGCUGUCCACCACCUCGACGGCCACGAUGCCCACGCCGCAGCAGCAAUAUCCGGCGACCUUUCUCAAGGCCCCCGCCUACUACACCGAUGCCACGCCCACUCUGGUGCUGAGCAGCGACUACAACUCCAACUGCAUCCCCAUCCAGGCGACACCCUUCAUAUCGCUGCAGGCCGCCCCGCAGCAACAUCUGCUUAAGUACACCACCCAGGCGGCGCCACCGCAGCAGCAGCACACCUUUGUGGGUCACCACUACCAGACGCAGUUGGGUCACCAGGUGGUGGCCACCACUGUGGCCGCCAUUCCGGCCACCACGAUCACAGUGGCGCCGGCAACAGUGGCGUCCCCAUCCAGCUGCAUCUAGAAGAAAGGGGGGGUAUUCCCAGAAACAUGUAUGUUAAGUCAUAAGGGUGUGGGUUUCUUCUGAAAUCUCCAGAGAUUUGAAAGCCAUAAAAUAUAUAUUUAAAAUAUUUAAAGAAAUUUUAGGCGUUUUCAAAUCUCUAGAGAUUUUUAAUGAACCUACGCCACAUAGGAUUUUUUAUUAAAAGUUUCUCACCUACUUUAUCCAUUGGAAUACUCGUUUUUUGUCAACUCCACUUCACCUAGAUACUUAUAUUGCAUACUCCUCUCACAACCUAAGCAACACAAUACGUAUACCAAUCAUGAAUAUACUCCCAAAAGCGAUGCUCCAAUAAAGAUUGGAAGAAAUCAAAAGGCAGAACUUCUCCGGAAAAAGGUCUAAGCUAGUAAAGAAAACUUCAAACAAUCACAUUCUACGAAACACAAACAUUGAGACACACAAAAAGCAGUAAUGGAAGUUUUUGAUGAAAAUUAAAGGUUGAUAUGAACUAUUUACAAAAAUAAGAACCGAAAGUACUAUUUGGGGGAGGAGAAAGGUAAAACUCUACAGAACUAUUUCGUACGUAAAGCAAGACUUUAACGUGUAAGCAUCCCAUUUACACAUCAAGUGACAUGCAUUAGAGGGAAAAUAUUGAGUGACAGCUCUACAAUAUUACAAAGCAAAACAAAAAGAAAGCAAAAAAAAAGAGUGUUGUUAAAUGCAAAAGGAAACAAAAGAAAAUUAGCAAUUAAAAAUUGAACUUAAUAUUACAAGAGGAUGAACGUUGAGGGAGAGCGCAGUUGCAUUAAAAUUAGUUACAAACUAUUUUAAACUCUAGUGUUCCAUAUUUCAAUGCAAGUAAAAAUAAAGGUACAUAAAAGUGGAUAAACAUUUAGUGAGGAGUGUUAAUAUUAGCUAAGGUUAAGCCUGACAAACCGUUCUCCAUGGCAAAUAGUCAAAAUUAAUCAAAAACCAGAAUCUACAUAGGCCAUAGAUAAGCAGCAAGAACAACUAAUAAUAAACACUUAACAAUAACAAUAAUAAUAAUAACGGUUAAUGAUAACGAUUAACGAUAACGAUGGGGAU